AUGCACGCGCCGCGCACUGUUUUCGCAGACUCUUGCCGGAGUCCUGACAGUCGGGGCGCUCGCCUCCUCCGCUCCCCACGCACGGGCAAUCCGCCCACCCGCAGUCACCGCUGUGUGACUGUUGUCACCAAGCGACACCCCUUUGAGCCGGAAGAUGUACCAUCAAAGAUCCAGGGGGAUUCAAGUCCUUCCGGCCACUUUGACAAUCCAACAUCUUCAGAAGUCCAGCAGGAAGCAACUCGCCCUGCUGGCUUCGAGAUCACCCCCUCGGUGGAAGUCGAGGACAAGACAAGCCAACGCGUCAAUGACCUGACAAAGCAGGUGGACGAUCUUAAGAAACAAUUGCAGAGUAAGACCUUUGAUCUCCAGGAAGAACGAGACCGCAGAAUUGCGUGUCAGGCUGAAGUGAAAUCACAGCAGGAGGAGAUUCAAAGGCUGCAAGAAUUGUUACAAAAAGAACGUCACCAGCAAGUCAAACGAGAUCAUGACAGGAAGGUGGCAGAGACGACAGGUGGCUCAAGAGCUUCUUGCUCUACGAAAGUUACGGCUGACAGGAACCUCCUUCAACAGCUGGACCACUACAAGAGGCAGGCUGAAAAAUGCGCCGCCCACAAUAAAGGCCUCAUUGAGGUAAUGGUUGAGGAGUAUAGAGUCAGACUGCAAUAUGAGGAGCAGCUAAAAAGACACGCUGAGCAAGCGACCAAAUUUAUAGAACAGGAGGAAAUGGUGAAGGCUCUACAAGGUCAGAUUGCCGACCUGAAGAGUAAGUUAAAACUUGCUCUGGAAAAUGACCAUCCCAGAGUCUUCAGCCAACCAAAGGCCGCCCUGGUCCCACAGGAGAUCAAGGAAAGGCAGACCUUGAGUCAACCGGGGGUCUCCAUCCACAGCCUGGCUCGUCCUAUGCACCAACUAACACACAGGUUGCAAACAGAGGAGUCCACGCAAACCCAGACCUCCGCACAAACAUUGAGGUCCGAGGAAAGACCGACGUCGAUGCAACCAACCUCUACUGGUUGCACGGAGGGCCUCCGUGUUGGCGUUCGUAUGAAGGGCAAGCUGUGCCCAGCUCGGCCUUUGCGUCGACCCACACCUGGGUGGAAUAACUGAGACCUGUUCUUGUUUCAGACUUAGAAGUUCUGAAUCUUCUACAGGAGAAUUGUUCAAAUUAUUUGAAGGCACAGAAUCACACAAGUACAGGUUCAUAUUCUCAGGUGAGGGAGAGUCAUCUGGUAUAAAGUUAAUUUUUCGGUACUGGAAUUACAUUUUUAAUUUAAUCAAAGUAUGUCAUGAUUGUGUGUGCAUGUCCUCCAUCUUACAUCCAGAGCAUUCUCGUUUUUUUAUUGCUUUUGCCACCACUAGAUGAUAUGCAUGUAGGAUAUAACAUAAACAGAACUAUUCAGAGAUGCAAUGAGUUUAUGGCAGUUGUUCGAAUUGUCUAAUCGUCUGUUAAUUUGCAGCAAUUCAUGUGAACAGCAAAUAUAGAGGCCGCCAAAAUAAAAUUCCGCUUUGUACCCAUGGAGGCUUGGGCCAAGAUCUCCAGAAAACAUAUUAAAGAUUGUGUUAAUAGCAUAUGUGUGUAACAGAUGCUGAUUUUCCUGUAAAAAGCAUAGAACAGGUUGGAGUGAUGAGGCAGAAACAAAUCAGGCUUCGUUAAUCCUCCUGGAUUCUGUGUCUUAAAGAGAGAAGACUUUUAGCUGAUAACAUGAAGGUCAAAGGUGAUAAUGAUUCUCAGGUUUUGCCAUAGAAACAAACACUGAAUGUGAACGCAUCAGAACUUCUUCCAAAAGCAUUUUAGCCUGAUGUAUGUAUGGCCACAUUUACCUUUUCACUUUAAUAACACAUAAUCUUUGCAAUCUUUAAGCAGAAUUACUUUAUCAAUGUUUAUGUUGUUUUUACAAUUUAGAUGUACUGAUCUUAAUUGUUUUGCGCUUCUUUGCAGCUGCCAACACACUACAUUUAGUGUAAUGUC